CUCCCAUCAGCUGAUGCCAGGUGCUAGAAACCACCACCCUUCAUCCCAUAUUUUUAUCAGGCCUGGUAGACCUUUGUGCCUGGGCUGGGUGCGGUGUGUUUACAUUUCCCUGUGUGUCCAAGGUGACAGCGAGGCGGCAAGGGGAGCAGGGAGCGGUGAAGCCAGUUUCAGUGCUGUAGGGUGUCAGCCCUGCCCUCAGGCAGGGCCCACCUAUUUAAAGGGUGCUGGAGGGCUGGUUCUACCACCCCAGGGAGAGCUGUGCUGGCGCUGGGGACGGGCUGCUGCUGGUAGAGGUGCGAUUCGUCUCUGCUCACCAAAGCGGAGCUUGGAGGCAGCAGGAGGAUGUGGAACCCCAACCAAGGAACACCUGGAGGGGUGCCACCACCACAAGCGCAAAUUUGCCCGCCUGCCCCUCCAACAUACCCUGGGUCCUGCAUGCCACCAGGUCCCUAUCCCGGCUACCCUCCGGCACCGUCUGGCCCUCCUGCGGCCCAUCCCAUGGGACCCCCGGGUGGCUACCCCUGUGGUCCCCCUCCCCCUGGCCCCCAUCCACCUGGACAUCACCCCCAUGGCCCCCACCCACCAGGGCAUCACCCCCACGGACACCCCCCACCAGGGGUGCAGGUGUGCCCACCAUGCCCGCCUGGCUGCCAUCAGAAGCAUCAUAAGAAGCACAAGAAGAAACACUCGAAGUCCGGCCAUAAGCACCAUGGGGGCAAGCACUCCUCAAGCAGCUCAAGCAGCAGUUCUGACUCUGACUAAAGACGACAUCUCCUACCCGCCUAGUGAUGAAUCAACAGAAGAAACAAAAUACAAAGAUGAAUGUCCCAUGAGGACUAUCAGUUUGUUGGUUCUGUUCCUUUUCCCUUUCUCUGUAAACUGGAUUUUGCCUGUUGCGUGAUUUUUCUUGUUUUUAGUUUUUAAAUUCUGCAGUCUGGAAUCAAGGUAAGAACACAACCAGCAAUUCCUUCCUCUGACUUUAGCGAGCGCUCCUGUCUGGAUGGGGAUUCGCUCUUAUACCUCUGCACUUCUCUAAAAACGAUCCAUGAAGACUGCAGACAACAGCACGAGGAGUAUCCUGUGGUGGUUUGCAGUCUGCUGUUCUGCGUGUGACUAUCGCUGUACAAUAAUGCCAGCUGCCAAAAAAGGAUCCCACCUCUUGUUAGAGCUCCUGGAAGUUAAUGUGAACUUUUCCAUCUGUGGCAGAAGGGUUGACUGGGGAAUUUGGGGGUCCUCACACUGUUAAGCUGUACGGAUUGCCAUCUUUCAUGCCAGGGUAAAAAUAUGGGUAUUUGAAAUAGAAAAAAAUAGAGAGUUCUCUUUCCUAGGCCUCUGAGCCAUGAUUACAGGACUGUGGCACGCAUGUUCAGUGUACAGCCAGGAGAGGUACAAAGCCUAGUAGUGCUGCUACUAUAAUUUUGAUGCAGAGCUGCUGUAUUACUGUUAUAUUUAUCUGUUCUGCCCAUUGUUGUGGCUCAAGAAGAGCCUUCCUAAUCCUGUUAUGGAGAGGCCUCUGUUAUCACCAAAGUCUGAUUGUUGGACCCAGCGGCACAAACAUCAGCAGCUCACCACAUCAAAAUGACUUUCCAAAACACAUAUGCAGCCAGUCUCACAGCCGCCUGCCAGGCUUUGACCACCUGUAAGGCCUGCAAGGAACCCCCACGUUUGUGGCUAGUCUUUAUGCUACCAUGCCUAGUGGGCUCACUUCAUCACUCACGCAGUGUACACCUUGGUGCCCAGCCUACAGGAGCAAGCCUGGUAGAGCUCACCAGUAUUCAGGGUCACUGCCUAGAUAGUAAGGGCAGGGUGAAAGAGUGGAGUUGCCCCUGCAUGGGGUCAGAGAGCUGGGGAGCAGAAUUUGACUCUGAACUACUUAAGGAGAUGAGAAACCAGUAUCAGAGCGUAGAGCAAAACACCUCUGCUCUCCUCAUGCACAGCACUGGGCCUAGGGAACGUGAAGGUGAAGGACGAGGACACCAUCUUUGUCAUGCUGAGAGAUCAUGGUCUAGGCGGCACCGCGGGGAAGCAGAAGAACAGGCCUGCAAUGGCAUUGCACAUAGUGGGCAGGCGGGAGAGCUGGAGCAGCCCCAUCAGCUCUUUUGGUUCUUUCUGAACCUCAGCAGUCCCCUCUGAACCCUGUGUUACGGCACUCAUCUUAGGCACCGGUGGCCUUGUACUCCAUUGGCAAGGAAAGGCAGAAGCCAAACAUUUCCUGAACUCCAGAAAUGAGGUGGGUCUGGUGAACUGCUGCCACCUUUGGGAAGAUCAAAGCUUCUACUUUUUUCAUGGUCAUUCCUCAGAGCAUUCCCAAGGCUGGAGCUACAGGCUGAGCCAGACUAACUGCAGACUUCACUCUGACUCCUGUAGAGAUGUGCUGAUUUACAGAAUGGUGCUCUACGAACUCUAGGAAAACUCAGGCCAGUUCAGUAUCAGGAAAAUCAGCUGUUCAUUUGGAAAAGAACUACAGAAAAAAAAGAGGCUUUUCAGGAUAGAGGGAAAAAAGUUUAUUUGUUUAUUUUUGCAGACAGCACAAUUCAAGUUCAAUUUGAACUCCAUAUCUGGGUGGUGUUUGGCAGCUACUGGUUGGAAUAAGGCACCGUGGUUAUUUUGAGUACAUUAUGA